CAGCGCUCUAGCAGCAGCUGGUGAAACCCUUUACUACUAACUACUACGGAGCAGUGGGUGCUCAACUGUGGCGGAAACAGACAUUCUACAAUUUGUGUGAAUCCAUUGAGAGCUGAUCGAAGAUGAAGGCAAGUCUUUGUAGUAGUAUCCUUCUCCUUCUUCACUUAUUCCUCGUUGUCAGAAGUCAACAAGGAAGUGAAAAUGCAGCUGGGGGUCAUCAACAGCAGCAACUUCCCCCUCUAAAUGGUCAGCCCUCGGCUGGUCAGCCAGGCCAAGUCAACCGUAUGAAUCAGGGCGGUAACCCAAGCAUUAUUAAAACGCAGGAUAGAGACCAUAUCAUGCACCAUCUUGAAGAAGAAAUUGAGAAAUCCGAAACUGAAAUGACCCAAGAGGAAUUGACGUUACACUACUUCAGAAUGCACGAUUACGAUAAAAACAACAAGCUGGACGGCAAUGAACUGGUGCAAGCGAUGACCCAUUACCAUGACGACCACGGAAACGACGAGAAGACGAUCAGUGAGAAGGAACUUGAAGAGAUGAUUGACCCCAUCUUGCAAAAUGAGGACAAAAACUCAGAUGGAUACAUUGAUUUUCUGGAAUAUGCAAAAGGACAACAAGUUUAGUGUUGAUUUUUCAUUGGGUUUUACCCACAACACUGAUGUGUAGCACCAUACAGUGCUAACACACAUCGCUGUAUAUGGGUACAACAUAAAUUAAUAUUCUUCAUCCCCGAUGCAAAUAUCU